CUGCGCACUUCUCCAACCGGGACCACGUGCCAGCCCCGGCUGUCCAAUCAGCUGCCUCAGCAGGGACCAUGUGGCCCCUCUGGAGCUGGCUCUCUCUCUCUGUCCGGACUCAGGACCACAAGUGGUGUUGCUGUUCCAGUUUAUCUCCCAUCUCCUCUCGCACAGACGUGCAGGCUGCUGCCCAAAGAUGCUGCCAAGAUGCCGGAGAGUGCGUGGAAGCUGGUCUUCUACACCAUGUCCUGGUCCUACAGCAGCUACCUGCUCUUCUUCACCUCCUACCCCUUCUUCCACGACCCGCCCUCCGUCUUCUACAACUGGAAGAGUGGUAUGACCGUGCCUACAGACAUCGCUCUGGCCUACCUGAUCCAGGGCAGCUUCUACGGCCACUCCAUCUACGCCACGGUCAACAUGGACGCCUGGAGGAAGGACUCCGCUGUCAUGGUGGUGCACCACAUCAUCACACUGGCCCUCAUCAGCUUCUCCUACGCCUUCAGAUAUCACAACGUAGGCAUCCUGGUCUUAUUCCUGCACGACAUCAACGACAUCCUGCUGGAGUUCACCAAGCUCAACGUGUACCUGAAGUCCCGGGGGGGGGGCUACCACCUGCUCAACGACGUGCUGUCCAACAUGGGCUCGGUCAGCUUCAGCAUCUCCUGGUUCUGGUUCCGCCUGUACUGGUUCCCCCUCAAAGUGCUGUACGCCACCUGUGUGUCCAGCAUCCAGUCCGUCCCCAACAUCCCCUUCUACUUCUUCUUCAACCCGCUGUCCCGGGCCCUGCGGCUCAUGAACAUCUCCUGGUUCCUGUUCAUCGUCAUGUUCGUGGUGAAGGUGCUGAAGGUGAAGGAGGUGAACGACGUGCGUGAGUACGAGGACGAGGACGGCAGCAUGGCGGCAGCAGAGCUGCUCAGAGGCGCCCGGGCAGGGGGCGGCGGCGGCAGGGGGGGGGACGAUGCUGGACAUCACAGCUCUCCCCAGGGGAAGCACGUGCAAAACGGGGUCACCAAGGAGAAGCACCUAUAA